AGAAUGCGUUACCAACUAGCUACUCAUUGGCCCGAGUCCUCUAACAAAAUCGACAGUGAUACCCCGGUGUCUGGAAGUCGAAUCCCCAGGUUUUGGUCAACUGCUCAUCAGUUUUAAAUUUUUUUGAAUCCUUCUCUCUCUCUCUCUUGUAUACACGAAAUUGCUAGUUGGAGCGUUUGACGUUCCCCUGCAACGAAACGUUCGGCUACUCUCUUUCUCUCUCUAAACUGCCGGCCGGCCGGCCACCAGGAACUUGAAUUAAACUGUAAUACAUCUGUUGUUUUUGGAUCGAUUCAGCGAAGAGAAUGCCCAAUUGGGAGCUCAAGAAUUGUUGUAAACAUGACCAGAAGGUGUUCCUGGCCACUAUCGGUAUCUUCACUGUUGUCAUUCUUGCGCUAUGGAGGACAAUACUAAUAACACCUUUUAAGCUCAUAACUGUAUUUCUUCACGAAGCAAGCCAUGCAAUUGCUUGUAAGCUCACAUGUGGUCAGGUAGACGGAAUCCAGGUUCAUGCAAAUGAGGGUGGGGUGACACAAACACGUGGUGGUGUAUAUUGGAUAAUCUUGCCUGCUGGAUAUCUUGGUUCAUCAUUUUGGGGGAUGCUUCUUAUACUUGCAUCCACAAAUCUUCUCACCGCAAGAAUUGCUGCUGGUUGUUUUGUUGCUGCUCUUUUUGUUGUGCUAUUUGUUGCUAAAAAUUGGACUCUUCGAGGACUCUGCAUUGGAUUUAUCAUUUUCCUUGCUGUGAUUUGGAUUCUGCAAGAAAAAACAACAGUUCGUAUCCUUCGGUACAUCAUUCUCUUCAUUGGUGUAAUGAACAGUCUAUUUUCAGUUUAUGAUAUAUAUGAUGAUCUAAUAUCUCGAAGGGUGAACUCCAGUGAUGCUGAGAAGUUUGCUGAAGUUUGUCCAUGCCCUUGUAAUGGUGUUGCAUGGGGAGUCAUAUGGGGAAUGAUAUCUUUCAUAUUUCUUGGUGGAGCAAUGUACCUUGGACUUGUCAUAUUGUCUUGAGGUUCCUGAACUCGGCUGAAUUGUUCUUGAUAUCGCGGAAAGCAUUAGUUCUCAUUCAUUCUUACUAUUUUCUCAAAGAUAUUCUCUGUAUAUUGUUUUGAAACAUCAGCAAGCAUGGUCGUGCCACAUUAGCAGUACUUCCAUGGCUUCAUUCUUUUAACACACAAUCUUAUUUGGGGCUCUGAUUUAUGACUGUACUGUAUAGAAAAUUAUAUAGAUGCUAUUUUCAAUUGAAUUUUGAAAUUAGUGAGAGAAAUAUAGAUGGGAUUAGGCAAUUGAGAUCUUGAA